AUGUUUAUUCACGGACAUAUCGAAGACGCCUCUUCUCUUUUACAUCAAACUUUAGUACCAUACUACGGACCAGAUUUACCACAUCCAUCAACAUAUUUAAUAUUCGAUGGCGAAACUGCUGAAUUACUCGAUGACCAAAUUGCACGUCUAUUAGCAUCGUACUCUGUUGAUAUCAACCAUGGUUUCGUUCCUUCUCCAGAUCCAUUGGAUCAGUUACCGCUUUCAAGUAAAUUUGGAUGUUGGGAGGUCAUUAUGAAGGAUUUAUCGGGAUAUUUACAUGCUAGAAAUGUUCGCUCAACAAUUCUUUCCCAGUUAGAAGUCAUUCCCAUUGAACAAGAUGAUUUACUCGACGAACGCGAAUUACAACGUGCAUUACUCGUUCUUGCCAUGUUAAGCCAUGCUUUUGUCUGGGGUGAACAACCGGUUAGUACGUACAUACCUGCAUGUUUAGCUGUUCCGUGGGUGGAAGUAACAAGAAAAGCCUGCCGACUACCUAUGCUGACACAUUCAUUAAUGGUAUUAUCCAACUGGAAACGAUUUGACGUGAAUAAACAGAUUGAAUUCGGAAAUAUUGCGUUGUUAAAUGGUUUUCUAUCUGGAACAGACGAAGCAAAUUUUUAUUUAGUUACCAUUGAAUUAGAAGAUCGCGGCGGCAAAGCUCUAAAANAUUACUACCAGUACAAGAACCCUGUGUAA